AAAUGAAUGAUUAAUUUCUAAAAUAUUAAUCACAUUAAUUGAUAUCAAUUUUGUGAUAUUAUUUAAGAUACUAAUAUUGGAUGAGCCAGCUAAUGGAGUUGAUUCGGAAGACAGAAGACAAAUUUGGGAUUUGCUAUCGCAACAGAUAUUUUAGCGGAUAGGAUAGCAAUUAUUACAAAUGGAAUAAUCGAAUGUUAUGGUUCAAAAAUGUACUUAAAUCAACGAUAUGGGAUUGGAUACAUUUUAAGUUUAGUGGUACAUGAAAAUUAUAACCUACACCUUCUGCAAACAGAAAUACAAAAAUUUUCUUCUGAAGUAAUCACUUUGCGAGGUAUAAUGGGUUUGGUAAUUAGAUUUGAUGUACCAAGAAACAGCAGGUUUACGAAAUUAUUACAAUAUCUUAACAAUAACAAGCAAAGGCUGAAUAUAGUCUCUGUUACUUUCACUACUGCUAGUAUUGAAAAUCAGUUUCUAAGAAUAAGUCUUGCAAGUCAUUUCAAAGAACGUGGUGUAAAAUAUCCUAGUAAAGAAUAUGAACUCAUUGUUCAACAAAGAAGACAAAAUAUUUUACGAAAUGCCAAACCUUGGGAUCGACUUUCAGGAACGGUAUUAUGGUAUCAACAAAUUUUUGCUAUGUUUUUUAAGAAAUUUUUACAUGUUACUUCAUCUUGGAAAUUGUAUCUAUUAUCUAUAAGUUUGGCUACAAUCACGUUAAUAUUAGCUACGAUGAUCAACGAGCUUAGUAAUUGUACAAUUUUUGAUACAACGGAAAAAACAAUGAGUUUAAAGGAUUAUGUCGAUAGUAAUUUUAAAACAUUAUAUUAUGCAGCCGACAGUACACUUGCUAACAAAUUUCUUGUUACUCUUUACAAAACUAGUCAUUCAUAUAACGAGAAAGGAACAUAUCACGUGUUGAGAACCAUCUCAGCAUCAGAGAUCAUGACUAAUCCGAAUCUUCACUCUUUAAAAUUCAAAGAUCGUUGUUUAAUAUCUGUCGAUAUACAAUCCGAUGGAUCUAUUGAUCUUAUGUAUUCUUCAACUUUCAUACAUAGUGGACCUGUUGCGUUAAAUUUAUUAAACAAUGCAAUACUACGUCAUUAUUGUGGUUCUAAUAAAUGUAAUAUUGAAUUAAAAAAUCAUCCUUUGAUCCAUCCAAAGAAAUGGCAGCAUCAAUUUGUACAUUCUCGAAACAUAAGAAACUGGCAAAACGCUGCAAUUAUCGGAACUCUAUUUCUUCUCUUACCUACGAUCGACUUAGGGAUAAAAGAAUUAAAUUCCUUAUCAAAAAUGUUGCAAAUCAAUACAGUAGGCGUAUCGACUUUGAUGUAUUGGAUACCUAUCUAUAUCAUAGAUCUUUUGAUAUAUAUAAUUACAGUAUUAAUUCUUGCAGCAUUCUUCCUUGUUACAUAUAAUGAAGAAAUAUUUCUGGUCACUGAUAUUGUUCAAGUACUUUAUAUUUUUCUGUUCUACGGUGCUUGUGCGAUCCCAUUCAACUAUUGUAUACAAUUAUUCACAAGGAAACAACAAAAUGUUUAUUUAAUUGUAAUAUUAAUAAACAUUUUUGUGAUAUUAUUAUUAAAUGGAUUUUUUAUAUUUCCCAUAUUUUAUACAUUUGACCAUUAUGGACGAUAUUUAUUCGAAUUAUUUUUGCAUAUUAUUCCAUCUUACAAUCUAGCAUGUGCUCUAAGUAAUUAUCUUAUAUUGAAUUUAUACAACAAAAAGUGUAGUAAAAAUACUUGUGACACUGAAAUUAGUAUAGAAGAUCCAUGUUGUCAAAACUGUGGUGAAAAAAUGUGUUUUAAAUCAUUAAAUACCAUGUUAACUAGACAGUCUGGUCAAGAUUUUUUCCAUUCAGUGUUUGACGAUUUAAUAAUCAUGUUAUCGAUGACAAUCGCUUUACAUUUAAUAUUACAAAUUUUCGAAGAGGCGAAUCGUUUAAAGUGGUACAGACCUAUCGUAUCAUAUGAAAACAAUAAUAAUACAUUGGAAUUAACCGUAAUCAAUGAAAAGAAACAAGUAGAAGAACACAUGAAAUUUUACAAAGAAAAUCAAUGUCUUCCUAAACACGUUGUGUUAGCAGCUAAAAAUUUGACAAAAAUAUACGGCAAAGCUAAAGUUGUUCAAAACAUCAAUUUUAACGUAUAUCAACGAGAUUGUUUUGGUCUUUUGGGACUUAAUGGUUCUGGAAAGUCAACAAUUUUUAAAAUGUUAGUUGGACAAACAAGAAUGUCUGUUGGAAAAGCUGUUAUAUAUGAAUAUGAAUUUCUAAAGAAUUUAGAAAUGUUCAUAGGUAUGAUAGGAUAUUGUCCGCAAGUCAGUGGUUUGAACGAUUUCAUGACAGGAAGGCAACAUUUGAUAUUAUAUGCAGCUCUUCGUGGUAUACCUUCUGAAAAUUUAAUCGAUGAAGUCAAUAAAUGGAUAGAUCUAUUAGAUCUUUUGGGGUUUGAAAAUGUGAAAAUUAGAAAUUGUUCCUGGGAUAUACAAAGGAAGAUUUCUAUUCUCCAGAGUUUGAUUGGUGAUUUGCCAUUGAUACUGCUAGAUGAACCAUCCUCGGGAAUUGACGUAAUUGCUAGACAAGCUAUAUGUGAUGUAUUGUAUCAGAUUCGAGAGAUGGGAAGAUCAUUGUUAAUUAUCACGCACAAUAUGCAAGAAGCUGAGGCAAUGUGUAUUCGUGUUGGAAUCUUAGUGGACGGACGAUUUGUAGUAAUUGAUUCCUGUGAAAAUUUAAAAAGAAAACAUGAUAAUAAUUUCAUUCUAACCAUUAGUGUAACGCCAGUAUUUCAAGAUCCUCAACAUUUAGUAAUAAUUAACAAUGUCAUGAACGAGGCAUUUCCUGGUAUUAAUUUAAAAGAUUUUCAUUUGGGAAUUAUCGAGUAUGGAUUAGAAAGUAAUAUUUCACACAGCAAUAUGUUCGACAUGUUAGAACAACUAAGACGAAGAUACCCGUGGAUAACAGAUUUUACUAUACAUCAAUCAUCGAUGGACGAAGUUUUUCUCGAUUUAGCUAUAAAGAAUGAUUCAAUUAUUCAAAAACAAAUAUUACGGAGAACAAAAUUCUUGAAUUUUUUGAAACGUUUUAAACAAAGAAGCAAACCUAGAGCUUCAAUUUUUACAAAUUCAUAAGAUGUUCAAAAUAUAUACAUACAUACAUAAAUAUAUAUUUACAUUAAAUGCAAUAAAAUUUAGUGUUAAUAAAAAUGAACGUCAUAAAUUAACUCGAUUUCAUUGAAUA